UGUGUUAGAAGGCAGGUUGCUGUGGCCUCCCUCUCUGAUCAGCGGAGGGAGGCUAGUACAUCCCGAGGAGCUCGGCCUCUAAGGUCUGAAUUGUUGGUUAACUGGACAAAGUUGAGCAGGGUGAAAUGCUUUGGAGAUUGGUUUUGGCUUUUUGGAAAGUUCAGUAACGCUUUGGAAAGAUGCACCUGGAUUUCUUUGUAUUAGUAAAUGAGAAACCAUGCCAAAGUGGCUAGGUCAGAUUUGGCUUCUCGGGAAGACCAAGGCUGCAGAAGGAAUGAAUUCAUUUUGCAAGUGAAUAUGUGGAGCUAACUCAUCCUAAACCCUAGGAUGUGGUGGUUGGGAAACCACCAUCUGUUGAGCAGUGGGUGGCUGUCUGACUGCCCACAGCCAUUUCAGGGAUAACACAAUGUUUGCAAAAGUCUUGGCUGGCUGGGCAAGUCUACAUGAGGUGAUAGAUUGCAACCACCCUCUGUGUGGCUGAAGUAUGGCAAGAACAGCAUGGUUUGGUUGUUGGAAUGUAUGCACGGUAAUGAGUGUUUUGACUUUGUAUUCAGUGGACUUCUUUGGCUCAUUCCAAGUCUCCUUUCAAUAUCUUGGUCCUGCUGCUACACCAGAGACUUCAUUGCAGCCCCUGUUCAACAACGUACGUGCCUCUGGCAUUUGAAUGGGAAGCUUUCUCUUAGUGCUGUCCAGGGAAUAUUUGCCCUGCGUUUGAGAUGCAGCUUUUGUUUCCUGUAAAAACAGAUGCGCUUAAGUAAAAUGUGGAAAAUGGGUCCUGUUUUGAGGACAGGACUCUCUAAAAUAAUUGGAUCCCUAUUUUUGGUAUCUUCAAGUUGGAACUGCCUUUGGAAGAGCUGUUAUAAAUGUCCAUACGUUCAGUUCACUAAGUUGCAGAAGACAUUUCGAGGCAUAUGGAAACAAGCCUUUAGAAACCAGCUGGUGGUGGAAAAAGAAAUAUAACAUCUGUCAUAUUUCAGCUCUUUGGUCAGUAGAUUUGAGGCAGAAAUAUAUGCAUCUAAAUACCAGUCACUCCCCACCCUACCUUUUCUUCCAUUUGUUGUCUGGACUAUGGCAACAGCUUCCUUGCUUCUGAACUUCUGCUGCUUAAAAUGCUGCUGCAAAAAAUACUUCUUCCUUCACAGCUUUGGUCAAGCCUUGUCCCUUUGUACUCUCUCCUGAAUUCAGAGCAAGACUCUGGUCCUCUCCUUUAACAUCCUUCUGCCUCCCACCUAAUCUUCUAUUCCUAUUUGCCCACAUGUUAGCGGCUUCAGCUGAGGUGUAUUCUGUUCUUCUCCAUUUCUUCCAUGGAGCAUCCCACCUUUGUAAUAGUCUCUCUUGCCAUGUGUCAAUUAGUUGCUCCUUUUUUGUGUAUGACUAUUGGUUAUUUUGGUCAAAAUAACCCUCUUGACAAAGUACUUUCUCCUGGUCUGGGUCCCAGUGUCUCAUCAGUCCUGCCAUGGUGUUCCAUGGUUUGGUCAUCAGAAUGUGGUUGUUAUGGUCAGUAGAAGCCUGGUGAUUAUUUUGCCAGGCUGAGGUUUUUGUCAUGGUGAUCGUUUGCAAAGUGUCAUGUAUUUAUGGCAUGAUAUGGAUGAUAGAAUCCAUUGAAAGCUUUUGAAGGACAAAGCUGUGUGUGGUGGCUUGUCUGAGUUCAUAGAGCAGUUACCCGGCCAUGUAUCUGAGACCACUCUACAGUCUCUGUCCGUGUUCCUGGCUCUCUCCUCCUGACAACAUGAACAGGUUUCCAUGAAGAAGGUGUCAAUCAAGAGCUUUAAAUUCAGUGGCCAUACUUAUGGAGUCAGAAUUUGCUGGGAAUAUUUUAUUAUUCCCUACAGCUGGUCAUCUCUUUCCUUCUGCUGUUUGCCCUGAGGGUUUUGGGGAAUCUGUUUUUGAGGGUUGAUGUCCUAAUUCUUCUAAUGUAGUUUGAAAAAUAUCUUAAGGAUGUGCUGUUCCUUUUCCACAAAUGGGUGGUAGGCACACACUGAAAAUUCUGCGUAUCUCCUGUCUUGUUCCUUCUGCACAGAUUUAUGUUCCUGGCGUGUGGUCCAGUACCCUGCUGACUACGUAAGCUGCUACUUUGCUCAGUGGUUUACCACUAGAUGCAUUAAAUAAAUAUGCUUUAUGUAAUAUUUGUGCUCGGGUUGUAAUGAUUUUGCCUGCUUCCGGACUCUAAACAAGUAAUGCAACAAAAGUGGUCUGUAGAACGCACCUUGCUGCCAGUAAACAUCUGUAUUGGCAUCCUUGUUUGUGUCCUGAGCUAUUGAAGUUGGAAGAGAGAGGUUGUGUAUCACCCUUGAACAUCUUCCCUGAAAGCUAGAUCUUGAAGUGGCAAAAAUAAGUUCCAGCUUUGAUCAGACCUCUUAGCAGGUAGUGUGUGCGGGGCACAUAAUCUCAGGGUUACAAGAUCCUUAAAGACCUUUCCUCUAGCAAAGAUGACUGCUUCUGGGUGCUAUGCCAUGUUGUUUGGAAGUAUGGCUUUUUCAAAACUGUUAAAGCUCCUCUUCUGGCUCCUGGUGCAGUCAUUAUUUCCCUCUCAUAGAAGACCACUGCCGCUGGGGGAGCUAUUGAUGGAAGAACACGGGGUGACCCAAACAGAGCACAUGGCCACCAUCGAGGCCCACGCAGUGGCCCAGCAGGUGCAGCAGGUCCAUGUGGCCACCUACACAGAGCACAGCAUGCUGAGUGCGGACGAAGACUCGCCGUCUUCACCGGAGGACACCUCCUACGAUGACUCUGACAUCCUCAACUCCACGGCUGCCGACGAGGUCACCGCCCACCUGGCUGCGGCAGGCCCUGUGGGGAUGGCAGCAGCUGCUGCCGUGGCAACGGGUAAAAAACGAAAGCGACCACACGUUUUUGAAUCCAACCCAUCAAUCCGCAAGAGGCAGCAGACACGUUUGCUACGGAAGCUCCGAGCCACGCUGGAUGAGUACACCACCAGAGUGGGGCAGCAGGCCAUCGUUCUGUGCAUCUCGCCCUCCAAACCCAAUCCUGUCUUUAAAGUAUUUGGUGCUGCACCCUUGGAGAACGUGGUACGCAAGUACAAGAGCAUGAUUCUGGAAGACCUGGAGUCCGCACUAGCGGAGCAUGCUCCUGCGCCUCAAGAGGUUAACUCGGAGUUGCCGCCCCUCACCAUUGAUGGCAUUCCCGUCUCAGUGGACAAAAUGACCCAGGCACAGCUGCGAGCUUUCAUCCCUGAGAUGCUGAAGUAUUCCACAGGUCGUGGGAAACCAGGCUGGGGCAAGGAAAGCUGCAAGCCCAUCUGGUGGCCUGAGGACAUUCCAUGGGCCAACGUUCGCAGUGAUGUCCGCACAGAGGAACAGAAGCAGCGGGUGUCAUGGACCCAAGCUCUGCGGACUAUCGUGAAGAACUGCUACAAGCAGCAUGGGCGUGAAGACCUGCUCUACGCGUUUGAGGAUCAGCAGACACAGCAGCAGACUACAACCACACAUAGUAUAGCGCACCUGGUGCCGUCACAGACAGUGGUACAAACCUUCAGUAACCCUGAUGGCACCGUGUCCCUCAUCCAGGUUGGCACUGGUGCUACAGUUGCCACGCUGGCCGAUGCCUCAGAGUUGCCUACCACAGUUACCGUCGCACAAGUCAAUUAUUCUGCAGUGACUGAUGGAGAGGGUCAGCUCUGGGCACAGGAGAAUGAAGCAGUUGCCUUGAACGUCAGACGGCUGGGGAUGGCUAAAGAGCUACGACGAGUGCCAGCUUUGCUUGUGCCCAAGUGCUGGAAAACCAGAUUGGCAGCUGCUGAAGAGUGUGUGAUAGCAGAUGUUGAGCAGAACUGGGCAACGCUACAGGGGGGUGAGAUGACUAUCCAGACGACGCAGGCAUCAGAGGCCACGCAGGCGGUGGCAUCAUUAGCAGAAGCAGCGGUGGCAGCAUCUCAGGAGAUGCAACAAGGAGCCACUGUUACCAUGGCACUCAACAGUGAAGCAGCUGCCCAUGCAGUAGCCACGCUUGCUGAAGCCACUCUUCAAGGUGGAGGACAAAUUGUCCUAUCUGGUGAAACUGCAGCAGCAGUAGGAGCGCUUACUGGAGUCCAAGAUGCCAAUGGCUUCCUAGCAGCAGACUAUUCAGGUUACAAGUGGAGCCUAGCAGAGAGUUCAUCAGGUCUCGUCCAGAUCCCUGUCAGCAUGUACCAGACCGUGGUGACCAGCCUGGCCCAAGGCAACGGCCCCGUUCAGGUGGCAAUGGCACCUGUUACCACGAGGAUAGCCGACAGUGCCGUCACCAUGGACGGGCAGGCAGUGGAAGUGGUGACCUUGGAACAGUGACGAUGCCCAGAGCAGGAUCGUGGUGAUUUUCCUCGUCUCUUACGCGAAUAAUUUUUUUACACCUCUCCAGAGAUGCAAUCAGGUGGCAUUGAGUCUCCCAGCUUUGGAAGCAAAGGUUUUGUUAACCUUUUUUUUUUUUUUAAAGGAAAAAAAAAAAGAAAAAAAAAUAA